GAAGAUAGCAGGAAGGAGUGCUGCUUGCUUAAACCCUGUUAACGUUGUCCGUGCGCAUAUCCCAGUGUUACUCGGUGAAGCGCGACUGCUGCUCUUGACCGCUGCUAGUGGGCCACAAAAGAGGGGGAGAGGGAAAGGGGCAGUGGGAGGAGCCUCGCACCGGACGCACUGAAAAGUGGGGAGGGGGUUUGCCCGACGGAGGUAUUUUUUUUUUUUUCACUCAAUAGUCUCUGCAACCAUGCUUGAGACCACAGGUGGAGCUUAGGCUGAUGUUCAAGUGAAUAAUCAGUCAGAAACUACUAAAUGUGCAAUGGAAAGUGGUGACAGGAACACUGGGAUCCCAAUCAAUGGAUUGGACUUUCAGAGGCCGACCGUGCCAACCACAAGUGCAAUCACCAAUGCACACGCACAAGCCCUCCUCCAACAGCUGACCCUGACCCCCCAGCAGCAGCUGUUAAUCCACCAGGCCCAGGCUCAGCUCCUGGCUGCGGCUGUGCAGCAUUCAGCCAACCAGCAGAACGGCACCAGUGGGGCCAGUAUCUCAGCGUCUGCAGCCACACCCAUUACUCAGCUACCCCUCUCACAACCCAUCCAGAUAUCUCCUCUGCAGCAGCAGAAUUUAAGUCUGCCCCAGUUUGUGCUGGUGCAGCCCGGCCACCCGAUCGCCACUCCGCUGCAGCCCGCUCAGUUCAUCAUCUCCCAGACACCGCAGGCCCAGCAGAGCAUAUUGCAAGCGCAGAGUCUUCUCACUCAACUACCUCAAAGCCAAGCUAACCCCCUGCCGACGCAAGCGAGCAUCACUCUUGCAGCACAGCCUGCAACUCCGACACGUACCACGACAGCCACACCUAUUCAGUCGCUGCCCCACAGUCAGACGCCACCCAAACAGCUGGAUACGCCCACUUUGGAAGAGCCAAGUGAUCUGGAAGAGCUGGAGCAGUUUGCGAAAACAUUUAAACAGAGGCGAAUCAAACUCGGCUUUACACAGGGGGACGUUGGCCUGGCCAUGGGUAAGCUGUAUGGAAACGACUUCAGCCAAACAACUAUCUCUCGCUUUGAGGCCUUGAAUUUGAGUUUUAAGAACAUGUGCAAACUCAAGCCACUGCUGGAGAAGUGGCUAAAUGAUGCAGUUUGUGCAGAGAAUCUGACAUCUGACCAGGGACUGUCCAACCCCAGUGCCCUCGGCUCCCCUGGCCUGGGCAUUGAGGGGAUCAACCGCAGACGGAAGAAAAGGACUAGUAUAGAAACCAACAUACGCGUGGCCUUAGAAAAGAGCUUUCUGGAGCAGAACCAAAAACCUACCUCUGAAGAGAUUACCAUGAUCGCUGACCAGCUCAACAUGGAAAAGGAGGUGAUCCGGGUCUGGUUCUGCAAUCGCCGUCAGAAAGAGAAAAGGAUAAACCCCCCGAGCACAGGUGGCAUAGGCGGCACCCCCAUAAAAACCAUCUUUACACCCAGUAGCCCUUUGGUGGCCAGCACAGCAAGCUUGGUGAACAGUCCGACGAUAAACACACCCACCACUCUCACUAUAAAUCCAGUGAUGCCUCUCACCAGCACCAGUGUGUCCAGUUUAUCCUUCACAGGCACCACAGUUGGAGUCACAAACACUGCAUCUGUCAUCUCCACCACACCCGUGAUUACCGCAGUAACCAGCUCGCCGUCUCUAAGUCCGUCCCGGACCGCUGUUCAGUCCAACACCGCAGAGAAUAAAGUCAGUACUCAGGCGCAGGCCAUCGUCACCCAGGCCCCGACAUCUAUAGGCACCACCAUCGGAACGGGCCAGGUGAUGGUGGCUGGACCAGGUCUGUCCACAGCGUUUCAGGGGGCUGCCCAGUUGCCCACCAGCGCAAGCUUUGCGGCCAUGGCUGCUGCGGCAGGGCUGAAUCCAGGAUUAAUGGGCUCCUCCUCCUUUCCUCCAGGCGGGGCCGUGCUCAGUCUGACCCCCGGUGGCCUUGGCAGUGCCCUGACUCCUGCUGUCAUGAACAAUAGCAUGCUGGCCACAAUUCAAGCCCUGGCGUCAAGCGGCACAAUCCCAAUAACGGCACUGGAUGGGAGCAACCUGCUGUUCGCAAACGCAUCUGGCAGCAACGCACCCAACUUGGUGACCACACCACUUUUCCUCAACCCCCAGAACCUGUCGCUACUCACCAGCAACCCCGUCAGCCUGGUGUCGGCUGGGGCGGGCGGGCUGCAGGUCACCACUGACGGCCAUCACCAGGUCUCCACGGCCGCUGUGCCUGUGCAAGCCACGACGAUAACCACUGCCUCCAAGGCGCAGUGAGUCCGGCUGCAUCCGGAAUGAACGCCCUGUUUCUUGAGCUGUGCACUGCUCUCCUCACACAUGGCACAGGAAAUAGGCAAGGUCGUUUGAUUUAUGGUUCUGCGCUUCACUAACACACACACACAUAUAUCUGCUCCAUCGUAUCCGUUAUUAUUUAGUCUGGUCCCUUUUGCUUUCGCACACCCAAAAAAACAACAACAACAACAACAAAAAACCAACAACCACACAGGGUUGUGCUUGACCUUUUUGUUUCUGGGUUCUUCUCUCUUAAUCUUUAUGAUCUUUGGACACAGUAGCCAGGGGACUGGCUUCUUGAACCAGGAAGAUAAUUUUCCCUCGAUACUGUCAAGCUCCUCACAUUUUGUACAUACGUCCUUCUAUUUCAGGCAGUCUCACUUAACAUCUUUUCUGAACAACUCCUGAAGAAAAAAAUGAUUUUGCUCUUAACUUAAUACUAACCUCAUAAUACAUGUUAUCAUUAACGGGGAUCAACUUUUACGUUUGUUGGAACAGGCCUUGAUAUGAAUCAUAUCACUUUUAUUUUCUUUGUUUUUUUUAAUGUAUUGUUUUUUUCCCAACGUUGCAAGUAUAGUAAGUUAAGAUUUAAAUAUCUCUUUAAAAAAUGGUGGUUGUAAGGCUUUAAAAACAAUAAGUGGCCGAUAUAAAGGUUAUCAUUGCUUUAAGAAGCGCAGGGACCUGUUUGGUCUCUAUGAGUUUCUCUUUCUGGAAACACUGACUUUUAACAGCCGCUUGAGCUUGUUAAAAACAUUGCCGAUUGUAGACACUGAUGGAAAAUGACUGAAAACGUUCAACAGCUUUAAAAACACAUGGAGUGAAACUGUGGUUAAAGAUGGAGAGCAGACAUCUCCGCGUGUUGUAUAAAGCUCAGAGUGACACUGAGACUUAAAUAACCAAAUGAUCCACAAGGCUCGGUGGUUUGAACUAAGAUCACCUGUCAGGGGAUGUGGUCGUCACACUAAAUGUAGGGUGAUGUUGACUAAAUAUAUUUUUUUCUAUCUUUUUCUUUAUAAUGGUAGUACCGUCAUAUCUACUUGUGCACAGUAUCUGUACCAAAAAAAAAACUGGAUUGAUGAGCUGUUGUGAGAGAAAUUACCGUACCUUUUCCCUUUUUGUUUGCGGUCGUUCGAGUGGCUGCGUACUUUAAGAUAUACCAAAAAUAUUUGUUAACGUAACUGUAGUCGAUGUAGUUUUAGUUGAUCUAUUUAUGAACAGAAUCUCUCAUUUUGUCAGCAGAAUUUAAAAAUGCAAUAUUUUGAUCAUUUUCCAAAGAUUACCUUUUUUAUUUGAAAGUCUUUCAUAGAUAAUAAUUGGCAGCACAAUUGACCAAAAACCAAGGAAGGGCUGGAUUGCAGCAUGACAAACUUGUUUCCUAUUUUUAUUUCACUGGGCCUCGCCCAAACAUUUGCUCUCAGAGCCAUUCGAUGGUCCUGUUUUAGUAGCAUCUAUUGGGUGUCUGUGAAGCAGAAAAAAACCUAAAUUUUUUUGCGGGGUUUGUACAAAUAAUACAGCCAUAAAACAACAGCUUGAACCAAAGUGGUUUUCCUUAAUAGUGGCUGUGCCUGUCUGAGCACUGCAGUUUCCGUUCACAAAUGUCAGCACCCACUUUUCUUGAUUUGGUGCAGUUGGAGAAGGACGGAUGGAAUGCUCGCUUUAACAGCUUGCCCCUCCGUGAUUUCUUAAUAGCUUUAUUAGCACAUUGUGUGAAGAGCAGGCUUUGUGGCUCAGGGGUCUGUAAGGCUCCACUAUGUCAACACUAGGGAUGGGCAUUGGAAUUGAUUAUGAAUUUGGAGAUGAAUCGCGUCUCAAAGUAAGUGACAUUGAAUGCACUACUGGUGGAUUCAUUCGCCACUAUCAAAACAUAAUGGGUUAAUUGAAGAAUCUGUUUUGUUUGGAAUUGGUGUUGAUUCAUAGUGUCCUGAAGCAACGGGGCAAAUUGGAGUCCACUACGUGGCUGCAACCAACAGAGGUGUCCUUGAUUCAGUUGAGUUUGCUCCUCAAAGGUUUAAAACAUUCAAGACAGUCAUUCCUAUCAAGUACAGUAAAUUUUGCAAAGUGCUUAUCCCUAGACAUAAACCAUGGUGAGCCACAAGGCUCUUAUCGAGGUCCACUCUUUGUUCACAUUUCAUUAUAUCAUUUACAAACAAACCCAAAAUAAUAACCAGUGAUAAAUCGUUCACGCUGAUUUUGUCAAAUGCCCAUCCGUAGUCAACAUAUACUAUAGAUCUGGUCAUCGCUACCAUUUGAACUAGCAUCUAAACAAUGCAGUGCCCCAAAGCUUUCUCAGAGCCUUGGCUCCAAUUCGUCACUGCAGCUUUUUGGCUGAGUACUGUUAUGUGCCACACAUUCAACUAAACCCCCAAAUUAUAGCGUCACUGUUCUGCUGCUUCUGACUAACCAUAUAGCAGUGAUUAAGAAAUCACUGUGCAUGUCGCCAGCAAGAUAUCGUCUUGUACUUUUUUCUGUCAACUAAUUUUGACUGGAUAUACCUCAGCAGCACUUAAACAUUAGGUUCACAUUUUUUGAAAUUUCGUAAUACAGUGUGGAAUGUAUAAGUAACGCUUGGCUCGCCAUUCAGAAGUUAUACUGCUACAUAGGAACCGUACAUGAUAGGACAACUACUGCUUUUUCUCGUACUACUAUUUAAUUUUUCUCUUCUGCGGAUUCAUGGUGAUUGACGAAGAGAUCAUUCUUGCCAAAGUAAUAGCCUUUCUCUUUGCAGCUCGGCCGGCUUAUGGCUGCUCGUGUCUUUGAGGCCGCCACGCACCGAUGGAGGCCAGUUCUAUUCCGCUGCCGUUUGUAGUCACGCGACAUCCGAACGCAUUUGCGAGACGAACCGGACACCAUCGGUGCUAUAGGAUGUUACUGAUAUAUUUAUCUGAGGAAAGACCUAAGAAUCUGAGAAAUGUUCUUUUCUUAAUUCUAUAUAUAGAUAUAGAUAUAUAUAUACACACACACACAAACGUGUAAGAUAUCAUAUUUUAUAUAUGAUCCUGUAUGUUACUCAGACUGAAUGUAGUGUUUAUGACCCCCAAAUCUUCCUUAUUUUUUAUUUAAUUUUUUUUGAAGCGGUUAAGACCAAAAAAGAAGAAAAAAAAAACACUGCGGUCGGUGCGCCAGUCAAAGACAUGACAAUGUCUAUUCGCGAGGGGGAAGCGCUUUGACGCUCAGGUCGUCUGGCUGGUCGAGCGGAGACUCUGAAGUAUGUUUAUUUUUAAAUUUAUAUGUUAAUUAUUUUAGUUGAGUCAUUUUGGACUUGAUUUGCUGUGCUAUUUUAAACAAUCAUUUUUUUUUUAUGCCUAACUGAUUUGUAUAGUGUGAGAGGGCACGAUCACUGGCUUUCUUAGUUUGACAAAGACGAUAAAUGUUAUCAUUUAUGCCUUAUUGUAAUGUAGAUGACAUGAUUGCAUUGUAACGUCUGUCUAUGUGUGUCUGUCUGUUCGAGCUUAGUGUCGCUAGGUGCAUUGUCACUGACACAAUGUGGUGUGUUUUGGGCAUUUUGAGUGUGAAAUGCUCACUUUGCUACCUGUGUAUUUUAGGUGUGACUCAAGCAAUGCCUGUAAGAAAAGCUUUACUAAUAAUUCCAACAGGUAGGCGUCCGGAUGUGAAUGAGUGAGCAUUGUGGAGUAUUGAAACGCAGUCUGCAAACCAUUGUGCUUUUUUUUUCAUCAUUGACUUUGGAGAUGGGAUGGGCAUAAUAAUCAAUUAAUCUUCAAAUUAAUUAGAAUUUGCUUGAUUCUUUUGAUUGUAUAUUGCUAUUUUGUACCAUGUCGUGAAGCAAUUGUGAAAAAAUAAGGUACACUUAUUUGUUUCAACCAGCAGAUUUGCCGUUCCUUCUGUCUACUUUGGAGUGCAGGUUUUCGCUUUCCUUUGAAAUAUAUAACGUAUUUUCCUGACCUUUGGGUGCUGUUUUUCCCCUACUCUUUCCACUCUGUGGCUGAUAAUUUGACGUGAUUUAUUUAUUUUUUACUGUCAAGCUUCAAGCCACCAAUAGAUUUACAGAGUUUUGACGUAUCUUGACCAAUGAAACUAUCAAACACAUCACAGUGGACCAAUGAAACUGUCCGAGUCUGCCCUCAUAGUAAAUAUUCAUCAGCCAAUUGCAGUUAGAGUGCACAUUCGAGAGGGCUAGUAGGUGAUAGGAGUGGAUUUUCACCCCCCACUCCCACAGAAAAAAAAUCUCAUCCUAUAGUAACCCUGUCACAUUCUGGUGAAAACGACUCUUGUUCUGCUCCCAUACAGAAUGACUCCCAUACCACUCCCAAUUUGUAGGUCAAGUGCGUGACAAAAAACAACCAAAGUUGCAAUUUACUCAUUCAUUGAACAGUUUGUCACCCCUUUUUCCCUCAUUGAGUCUCAGAGGAUUUUUCCCCUGUUCCCAUGAAUUUGUUUUUUAUCCUAUACCGUACCAAUCCUAUGAUAAAAGAUCAAGUUGACUCCCAUCCUGUGAGAUUCCUAAAAAGGUGUGUGUGCGUGCGCGCACGCGUGCGUUUGCUUGUGUGUUUUAACAGAUUCAAAUUUUGUGAACUGCUUAUCGCUUUUCUUUUAGAGCGCCUCAAGGUUCUAAUGUAGGGCCACUAUUUCUUUCAUCCUUAAUAGUGUUUGAAAAACAUUCUUUCAAUUAAGUGUAUUUUUCUAUAAUUGGACAAAUUUGGACAAAUGCCCAUCCCUAUUUUCACUUGUUGGUGACAAACGCUGUUUCAUGGUUUCAGACCUGCAAUAGUUUGUCAACUGGCUUUGCUUUGCUUCAUUUUGAUCAAGUUGCAGAUCCCGGUGGAUUGGUACGUUAAGUCGACCCACCGUGCUUUUUUUUUUCAUAACGUUGACAGAUGAAGCGUGGGUGCACCAGUAUACCUCAUUUCUAACUCAAAACUGAGUGAAACCUGCUUUAACCUACUUAAUAAGAAAAUGUUUGAACACAUAUGAACGUGUCCUCGGAGAAGCCUGCUCAUUCUUGAUGUGAUGCGUCCUCCACAAGGUGUACACACCAGUACUCACGAAUGUUUUGCUUUUUUUAACAAUGUCUCUCGCACACUUUACCUGGAUUAUUCGUCCUUUUUAAUUUGACAAUCCUGCUUAUUUUCUGACUGUAACCUGGUGUGGAUGCUUUAUCACCCCUUCCCUUUCCUCCCACCAGCUUUGCAAGGUGGCGCCAUCCCGUGGUAACAACAUUAACCAAAGACUAAUAACUGAUUGUACAUGAAUGCGGCCCACCCUCUUGCCUCACUGCUCCUCAUCGAGCAGCUCACCCACACGUGUUUGGGGUGCAUUAGCUUUGACCGCAUGCGAAUGUUUUCGCCACGGUCGGUGCUGCAGUUUUCAGUGCCUGUGGGUGGGCGGGGGUAUGCAGAGAGGCUCAGGAUUGGGGUGGUUGAGAUGGCUUCUUUGAUGGACACUUGUUUGUGGUAGCUGGGUGAUGUUUGUUAAUACACACUGAGGGUUAAUCCUGUGCACUCUGUACAUGCUCAGGAUUCCUUGUGUGUCUGACUGUCUGUCUAUUUGGAGCGCUGUUACUAGAAUCCACAUUUCGCCCUCUGACUUUCUCUCUCAAGGACUUUGUUUAGAAAAAAAAAAUCCAUCCCAGGACAUAUACAACCCUUGAGUGACACAUCCCAAACCCACUCGAUUUCACUGCUGUAAACGCAUCACACUGUGUCCUCCCGUCCUUCCUUCCGUACCUUUCCUCCUUCACUCAUUCACUACAGACUGAUCAACUGUGACACUAUGCAUCCCCCGGUGGGGUAUUCAGUGACACUUUGCUCAAUGCUUUACUCCCAAGUGAGACAUCGGGAACCCUCACAAGCGCUAUAGAUCCCAAAGCAAAACUCCAAAUAUUUUAAACUUUUGUGUGUGUAUGGGCAAAACACGGAUACCAAAGAUAUCUCUUGUCAACUGUCUCUCUCUUCCUAACCGCCCUGCAGCAUGUGUAUUAAGAGACAAACCCAGCACUGGCUUUGAGUCCAAGCCUCAGUAAUUCCAAAGCUCAGAUGUAUAUUUUGAUAUCCUUCUGUCAAGAAAAAAAAUCAAGCGUGUGGAAUAAUAGUCUGUUUCUUGUUUGUUGUCAUUUCUUUCUCUCUCUCUCUCGGUCUCUGUCACAGCAUGGAACUAAUUGCAGAACUGUCUUACUAGGUUGAAGACAUUGUAUUUUUGUAUGUUUUUGGGCGUGUUGUGCGAUAUCAGCCAAAAUGACCAGGGCUUUUAUCGAAAGAUAAAAUAUGAUGAAAAACGAUUUUAAAAAAUCCAAUAUGUACAUAUUCUUUCUGUCUAUCUUCAGAAAGUCAUUGUGUAAAACUACUCGCAGUGGACACUUUCCCCUUGCCUUUUUUUCUUACCAUUUUUUUCUCUGCGGUCUAAUCUUUUUAACAGAACUCUUAACAUAAAGAGUUACCAUCUUGGACUAAAAACACUGAGGGACACUGUUCCCCAAAAAUACAUGGAAAUACAAACAAAAAGGAAAAAAAUACAAAAAAAAAAAAACGCCUCCAGCAAUGGUGGCAUAAAACUGAAAGACUUGUAGGAGUUUCAAGUAUGUGAAUCAGGAUGCAUAAUAGUUUUUGAUGGGUGUGUCUGCUGUAUUUUUUUUUACACAUAUACAAAUCUUUUACUGUAAGUGUACAGUUCUCUUUUGUUGUAAACAUCAUUAAACCAUUUUCAAGUGUUUUGA